AUGCAAUGCCCUACUGGCAGCGAUGACAGCUUCGGCCCAAGAGUCAAUGUCGCGUGCCGACCCUUUGACUUCACGCUGCUAUUUGAGGAUGCAGUCUUCAUGGCUCUGCCUGCUGCAGUCAUGGUUCUGGUACUCCCCCUUCAGUUCCGCAAACUGUGGAGGAUGCCGAUUGUGACUGCUUCGUAUCGGCUUGCAGCGUAUAAAUCGGCCGCCUUGGUAAUUCUCAUCAUUUUCUAUCUGGUUGCUCUCGCACUGCGUGUCCAAUCAAGCAUUCUACACACUCGAAUGGCCAUUGCUACGGAGGUGCUGUCGGUUUCGUCCAACGUUGGGGCAUUGGCUCUUUCGUUUCUUGUCGAUCAGCGAUCUGUUAAACCGUCAGACGUGUUAGUGUUGUACUACUCAGCAUCCACCAUUCUCGGUAUCCCGCGGCUGCGCACACUCUGGUUAUUUCCUUCAGAUUAUUUGAUACAGCAGGUCAUAUGGACCGUUUUGCUUAUCCUUACUGCUAGUGUUGCCACCAUUGAAUGCUUUGGGAAAACAAAGUACUUGCGGCCCGCAUUCAAGAAUGGGCUUACAUCUGAGCAAAUGACCAGCUUUUGGAGCCGCAGCUUCUUUGUUUGGCUGCUUCCCGUGUUUCAAAAAGGAUAUAGUAAUUUGUUUCUUGUCGAUGACUUACCUGAUAUUGACAAAGAUAUGAAGGAGUCGGCAACCUGGGCUGAACUGGAGGCUGCCUGGCGUCACACUCAGGGAGGCCGCAUUGGAUUCCGCCUCGUACGAGCGACCUUUAGAGCGAAUAGUUGGUCAUUCCUUUCUGCGAUCGUACCACGGUUGAUGCUGUCCGCUUUCACAUUUUGCCAACCUUUUCUUAUUCAAGCCGCAGUAUCUCAUUUGAGUGGUACAGCAAACGAGGACGACCAUGAGCGAUUCGGGCAGGCCUUAGUGGGAGCAUUCGCAUUGGUUUAUUUGGGCAUUGCGAUAUCAAGGGCAGUAUACUGGCGUCAAACCUAUCGUAUGCUCGCCAAGGUACGAGCCGGUCUGACAACAAAGAUAUACCGCCAAACAGUGUCACUUCAAUCUCGAGAUGUGGAAGAUUCAGCCGCGCUUACUUUAAUGGGCACUGAUGUAGAGAGAAUCGUGGAGUCACUGAGAUUCUUUCACGAAACGUGGGCAGCAAUUCCGGAGGUCGCCAUCGGUGUUUGGCUUCUUACCCGCCAGGUUCUCUACGCCUCAAUCGCACCAAUUGUGAUUUGCGUGAUAAGCCUAGCUGGAACGUCGCUCGUUGCCAAACACUUUGGACCAGCCCAGAAACGCUGGGUGGACUGCGUUGAGAAGAGGAUAGGCGCAACGUCCAGCAUGCUGAGCAAUAUAAAGUCAGCCAAAAUGCUUGGCCUCAUGAAUCACUGGAGUCAAGCAAUUGAGAAGUUGCGAGCUGUCGAAAUUGACGUGUCAGGAAAGUUUCGGAUACUGCGUGUCUGGGCCAUCAUUAUCGGAAAUGUUCCUGGAUCGCUGGCACCUUUCGUUACACUAGCCAUCUAUGCUCUUAUUGCUCUUGCCAGCGGCGACCAAUCGCUUCUAGUCACUCAGGCCUUCACGUCCCUUGCCCUCAUUAACCUAGUGACAGAGCCGCUGCUCAUGUUCUGCCAGGCCUUGCCAUCGCUCACACAGGCCGUAUCUUGCUUCUCACGCAUUGAAAAGUUUUUAAUAGUCAACUCAUCUUCCUGGCACCUGGAAUCCCACAGCCCUCUCGAGGAAGAUACAUCUUCUAUGCCCUUGCGUUUUCGUGCUGAACAUUCCGGCUCUACACACCUGGUUACAUUCCAAUCUGCAAACAUCUCUUGGCUCCCAAAGAAUCAUCAAGGGAAAAUAGUUCUACACACCCUCAAUUUCAGUAUUUCUACUGGCUUCACAGCCAUUGUUGGGCCUGUAGGAUCAGGGAAAACUUCACUUCUAGCCAGCAUCAUUGGAGAAACUACGGUAGUCUCCGGCGAAAUGCAGUCUCAUAUCACCUCCCGGGUGGCAUUUUGCUCUCAAAGGCCGUGGUUGACAAAUGAUACCAUCAAGAACAAUGUCAUUGGAGAGCUGGAAUUUGAUCAAACGUGGUUCAGCUACGUUAUUCAAUGUUGCGCGCUUCGUGAAGACCUGGAAAAUUUAUCUGGCGGUAUCAUGACCGUUGUAGGCGAAAAUGGCUCGUCGCUUAGCGGAGGUCAACGUCAGCGAGUGGCGCUCGCUCGGGCCGUUUAUUCAAAACUCCCGACUGUCAUCUUGGAUGAUUUCAUUAGUGGCUUAGACCCAAAAGCAGCCAAGACGAUACAGACCAGCCUUUUCCACACAAAUGGGCAUUUUCGCAAAGCGGGCAUCUCAGUGAUUCUCGCUACCAAUGGUUCGAGUUUACUUCCUUAUAUGGACAGCGUAGUUCUUCUUGAAGAAGGAUCCAUUUCGGAUAUUGGUUCUUAUGAACAUAUCAGGGCACGAAAACCUGAUAUGUUCAGAUGGGACGAACAUACAACCGAUUCCAAUUAUGAUCGGGCGAAAGAAGAGAGUUCAGCUGGUCAUGAAGUGCAACCACAAGGCUCCAACUCUAUGGCAUCACAGCGACAGGGCCAGAUUGGCGACUCUGAUAGAGCUGGAUUCAGCAGACAAAGAGGGAGCUGGAGCGUUUACUCGUACUACGGCAAAAAGGCAGGCAAGCUCUCUUUGUUCUUAUGGGCAAUCUCUACUCUUGUUGGCGCCAUCUCCAACUCUUAUUCCACAUUGUGGGUAGACCGAUGGACUUCGGCGAGUGCAGAACAAGGCAACCAACAGCUCGGGCUAUACCUCGGAAUCUACUUCUUAUUGGUGGCUCUUGCUAUAAUAGGAGUCUUCUUUGAAUGCUGGACCUUUUUCCUUUACAUAGUCAGGGACACUGCGAUCAAACUUCACACAGAUCUGCUGCACGCAGUUGUCAGUGCGCCAUUUUACUUCUUCCUCGAGUCAGACCUUGGGUCCAUAACGAAUAGAUUUAGCCAAGAUAUGAACCUCAUCGACAUGACCUUGCCGUCUCAAGCUCUGCAAUUCACUUCCGGAUUUUCUUGGUGUUUGGUUCAGUUCGUUGUCUUGUGCGUUUUGGGGAAAUACCUUGCAGCUGUGGUUCCCGUCCUUGGUGGAGUUCUGUUUCUCGUUCAGCGUUACUACUUGCGAACGUCUAGACAGCUUCGAAUGUUGGAAAUCGAGGCGAAAACCCCGAUGUACUCUCAUUUCACAGACACCAUCAGCGGCAUUGCAACUAUCCGGGCGUUUGGUUGGCAGAUACCCUUCAGCGACCGCCUGGCAGCCAUAUUAAACCGAUCCCAGCGGCCAUUUUAUAUGCUUUUCUGUGUGCAACAAUGGCUAACGCUGGUAGUAGAUCUCGUGGCAGGGGCUUUAGCGGUCACCCUUGUCGCGAUUGCACUGUCUCUGACCGCCAACGGUCUCGGACCCGGUGCUCUGGGAGUUGCAUUAGUCAUAACACUUCAAUUCAAUGGCCUGCUAAUCCAAACAAUCCAGUCUUGGACAAAGCUGGAGACUUCCAUUGGGGCGGUGGCAAGAGUGCAGCAGUUUGUGAACGAAGCUCCAUCGGACCUGGGUAGGUUGCCAGCGCCUUCGAAUUCGUGGCCUCAAAACGGCAGAGUACAAGUACAGCGCCUCACGGCGGCACACAUACCGAGAUCUGAAGACGUACUGAAAGAUGUCAGUCUCGAUAUUGCUGCCGGCGAAAAAAUAGCAGUGUGUGGGGCAUCUGGCAGUGGGAAAACUUCGUUGAUUAUGGCCAUGAUGCAGAUGAUGGAUGUUCGGAGCGGACGGGUGGUGAUAGAUGAUAUCGAUGUGGCAACAUUGGACGGGGAAAGCCUGCGCAGCCAUCUCAACGUGGUGCCUCAAGAACCAUUCUUUAUGCCAGGAACCCUCAGAUUCAACUUGGAUCCCAGAGGCGUAGCCUCAGACGCAUCAAUUGAGGCGAUGCUGCGACGCGUUAGCGCUAGACUCUGGGACAAGCUUGCGAUGGGCUCGAAUGGAAGCCUUCAUGAAGAAUUCAAGUCAUCCCAAUGGUCUCAUGGAGAGCAGCAGCUAUUAUGUCUGACGAGGGCCUUGCUAAUCCCCAGCAAGGUCAUCAUCUUUGACGAGGCAAUGAGCAGCGUUGAUGAGAAGACAGAAGCACUCAUGCAGCACAUUGUUGAGGCUGAGUUCAAGGAUAGAACAGUCAUAUCCAUCAUUCACCGAUAUUCGCACAUUGAUUGGUUUGACCGUAUUGCGGUUUUACGAGAGGGAAGAAUAGUAGAAUGUGACAGUGCACAUGCGUUACUGAGCAAAUCUGGGUCGGCCUUCAGAGCUCUUUAUAUUGCUGGCGGUGAAAACAUUUAA